AUGAGCCCCAAGAGUGUUGUCUAUAAGAAAAUGUGCAAAGACAAGUCAGUGGGUGUGUAUAUGGGGAAACGUGAUUUCAUUGAUCGUGUUGACUCAGUAGAACCAGUGGAUGGCGUUAUUCUAAUAGACCCAGUACUCCUGAAAGGCAAAAAAGUGUAUGUCACCUUGGCUUGCACAUUCCGGUAUGGAAAAGACGACAUGGACAUUUUGGGAAUCACUUUCCGACGGGACAUUUACUUAUGCACUCGGCAAGUGUACCCUGCACUACAGGACAAAGAACAAUGCACCCUCACAAAGGUGCAGGAAAAACUGCUGCAGAAACUAGGAGAAAAUGGAUACCCAUUUUUCUUUGAAUUCCCUGAUAAUCUGCCAUGCUCUGUGUACCUCCAGCCUGCUCCUACUGAUGUUGGGAAGCACUGUGCCAUCGAGUUCGAAGUGAAGGUCUUCAGUGCUGAAAGUCAGGAUGCUAAAGUCCACAAACGGAGUACUGUGCGACUGAUGAUUCGUAAGGUGCAGUACGCCCCGGAGAAUCUUGGUCCUGCACCCUCUGUGUCCUUCACUCGCAACUUUCUCAUGUCUGACAAGCCAAUGCAUGUGGAGGCAAGUCUGGAGAAGCAGACUUAUUAUCAUGGGGAACCAAUCAAAGUAUUGGUAAAGAUCAACAAUGAGUCCAACAGAACAGUGAAAAAUAUUAUUCUUUCUGUGGAUCAAACUGCCAAUGUUGUGCUGUACUCUAAUGACAGCUACAUGAAGACAGUGGCCACAGAGGAUUCUGGAGACUCUUUGGGACAAGGUGGAAAAAUGGAGAAGGUGUACACACUGCUCCCUCUGCUGGCCAAUAACAAGGAAAGGCGGGGCAUUGUGCUUGAUGGAAAGCUAAAGCAUGAAGAUACCAAUCUAGCCUCUACUAGCCUAAUUAAAAAGGGGGUCUUAAAGGAGGUUCUGGGGAUCUUGGUGAGCUACAGAAUCACGGUGAAACUCAUCGUGGGAACAGGGCUGAUAGGAUUCAGUGAGAUUGGACUGGAACUGCCGUUUCAGCUCAUGCACCCAAACCCUGAUUCAGUGAAAGAAAGUGAGGACGAUGAGGAAGUGGUGUUUGAGGAGUUCAAGCGCUCCAACGUGAAGGGUAUGGGAGAAGAUAACGAAGGGAACGUUUCUGCGGGCGAGCAAUAAAAAAGCAAUUGCGCGAUCGAGGCAGCGAAAAUGUUUCCAGCGUCUGUCUGGCCAAGCUUUGAAGUCAGACGGUGGUAGAG